ACUUGUGUGUCCUCAUGUAACCUCAGCAACUUGAACUAUUUAGCGUGUAGGCCUAGUUAAAAAGGAAACCAUAACGCGCUAUAUGAAAAACGAAAGCUAGCACAAUACCAAACUGGAUGGAAAACGAAACUAGAAUCAGCUGGUAGGCUACUUAAGGUGGGACGCAUCCGAAGUUGGUACAGUCAAGAGCAACCCAACAAGCGACGAGGUGCUAGAAACAACGGUAGGAAACGACCGUCAUUUUAAUUUAUUGAUGUGCGUCUUAGAUCUAAUUUUACACCGCUGGCCGAUUACAAAGUAGCACAUUGACGUCGUUUGAAUUACCUGCAUCUACCAGGAAGCAAAAUAAAGUGAGAGUCAUUCAAGUAAUUUCCGAAGAUCAUCAAAAUUAUUUCCAAGUAAGGAUGCCAAGUUAAAUUCAAGAUUAGAGGUCUAGAUCAUGCUACCACGGUAAGGGAACCAAAACCACCUGUGAUCAUACCUCUCCAGCACAACAGUCCUUCAAGAUGUGACGUAAUGACUAGCGUGAAGAAUUGACUGCAUCUGCUGAGGGCUUCCAUAGAUAAAGAAUGGACAAUCCACACAGGGGGGGCAGAGGGGCAAGAGGCAAUGCAGCCACCAGAGAAGAACGUGGUAACAGGCAAGUGAAUGGCGUGCCCAAUCCAGAGAGACGAGGAGGAGGAGGAGGAGGAGGAAGGGGCAGAGGGCGAGGGGCAGGUAGAGGAGGAGGAAGAGGGCGUGGAGGAGGGCCAAUGGGAGAUGGGAUACCUCACCGUGACCACCACCAGGACCACAGAAGGCCCGAGGGUCCUGCUCAUGGAGGAGGGAGAGGAGAAGACGGCCAGAGAGGAAGGGGCGACAGACACGGAGACAGAGGCCGAGGCCAAGGAGGAGCAGGGAGAGGAGGCAGGGGCAAUGGCCGUGGUGGCCCACCUCAAGUGCAUCAUAUUGGCCUUAAAUACUUGGAGGGACUGUUAGAGAAAGAGCCCUCUGAGAUUGCCAUCACACUGUCUACCAGCGCAGCUCUACAGCGUCUGCUGGAGGAGAAGAGGAUGGGUCAUGAGCUGGUCCAGGUACUGUGUCAAGUCUUCUGCACUGCGUUCCUGUCCAGGAACGACCGCAAGACCGUCCAGCACCUGGCCGGCGCAGUCCGAGAUUCCGGAUUCCUGCGCACCAUCCUGCCGGAAUACGUGAUGGGAAUGAUGACCGACCACAUCCCGCAUCGCCGGGAGAAGUACCCCCAGCACCUGGACACCAUCAUUACUCUUCUCAACAACGUCGUCAGCAUCUUCCCAGCCAGCUCGGUCCGCGUGGUGUCCACGCUCGUGCUGCUCCUGAAGCCGGCCAUCAACCAGCUACGCGCCUCGGGCCUGGACAUCCAGGAGGAGACAGAGGAGAACCUGGAGAAGAUCCAGGACCUGGUGCACCAUCUGCAGGAGAAAGCCCGAGAGGGCACUCUGCGCUCGGACAACUACGCCUUCCUCCCCCCUGACCAAGACGCCCCGCCUGGGGAAGAGGGGGACUUCAGGACCAUGACCAUCUACCCGACGCCAGAGGAGUUCCACAAGGACGAGAAGCCCUUUCUGAGGCCCAACAUCAUGAACCAGGCCUACGCCAGCGGACACGUGUACCUGGACACGCACUUUCGUCUGCUGCGGGAGGACUUUGUGCGGCCGUUGCGGGAGGGCAUCAGGCAGCUGCUGAGGAGCCAGGAGGACACGGCCCUGGACGGGGUGCCCCUGAAGAGGAGGCACUUCGAUGACAUCAGGGUCUACUUCAACACCCGACUGGUCGUUCCGCUCUGCACUCCUUCCGGCAUCGCCUACAAAGUGCAGUUUGACUCACGCCCUCUCCAGUUUGUCCGUUGGCAGAAUUCCAAGCGGUUGCUGUACGGCUCCCUGGUCUGCCUGUCCAAGGACAACUUUGAGACCUUCCUGUUUGCGACGGUGUCGGACCGCACCGUGGAGGACCUGCAGCAGGGCCAGGUGCUCCUCAGCUUCUCCCGAGACAGCCGCCACGCGGUGGCCCGAGCGCAGCCCUCCGACUCCUUCCUCAUGGUGGAGACCACGGCCUACUUCGAGGCCUACCGCUACGUCCUGGAGGGCCUUCAGGAACAACAGGUCGAGGAGCUCCCCUUCAAGAGGUACAUUGUAGAGUGCAACAAAGAGGUGCACCCACCUGCUUACCUCCAGGAGGAAGCUAAGCAGUUCGAUCUGUCCAACAUUGCAGCGGAGGACUUUAAGGACAAAGUGGCGCCCUUCAACCCCCUGAGCCAUCUCGCCUGGCCCAGUGAAGAGCAGAUGGGCCUGGAUGAGAGCCAACUCAGGGCCCUGAAGCUGGCCCUCACCAAGGAGCUGGCUAUCAUACAGGGGCCUCCAGGCACAGGGAAGACUUAUGUGGGGCUGAAAAUCGCCCAGGCUCUGCUGGAUAAUCACAGCGCCUGGGGCAGGGGCUCUCCCAUGCUGGUCGUGUGUUACACCAAUCAUGCGCUGGACCAGUUCCUGGAAGGAAUUCACAAGUUUCUGGAAAAGGGCAUCGUGCGGGUCGGGGGGCGUAGCAGCAGCGAGGCGUUGAAGCGAUUUGCCCUGCGGGAGCUGAGAGCGUCACCCAACUUCCGCGCGCCUCAACAUCUCCGUCGCGCUAAAUUUGAGAUCCAUAAGGAGCUGACAGAAGCCGAGCAGCAUAUUAAAACGCAGAGUGCCCAGCUGGAGUGCAGUCUGCGCGGAGUCAUCCAUGAGCAGUUCCUGGAGAACCACAUCUCAGACCAGCAUUGGGACAGCCUGUGUCUCCAACCGGAGGCAGACGGGUUCCAGUUAGUCGAGGAGAAGCGGUCCAUGAUUGUGGAGUGGCUGGGCCUCGGAUCAUCCCAGUUCCAGUACCACGCCAUGGGGGCUAAUGUCUUCCCCUCUGCAACGUACUGUAAUCUCCCUCCAGGUGGUGGUGGUGGUGAUGGUGAGGAUGCUGAGCUGGAUGAGGAGGAGGAGCUGAUCCAGGUGGAGGAGGAGGCUGACCUCAUCCAGGCCGAGCGCAUGCUGGACGGGGACGGCCUGCAGCGGGACCCCUGGGGAGGGGGUGGAGGCGGACGGGGCGGAGGUGGCCGGGAGCGGGAACGGGAUCGGCAAAGGCAGGACGCGGAGCGCGUGGAGAGGCUGGCGGAGGUGAUGCUGGCCAUGACGCUGGGCAACAACAACACAGAAGAAGGAGAAGGAGGAGGAGGUGGAGGAGAAAGAAAUGGAGGAGGGGGAAGAGGAGGAGGAAGAAAAAGAAGAAGAAGAAGAGGAGGCGAAGGAAGAGGAGAAGGAGAAGUGCAGGGAAUGGAUGUGGAGAUGGAGCAGGCUGAGGAAGAUGGAGGAGAAUGGGAGAUUCAAAAGCAGGAGAAGAGGAGGCUGAAGCAGAUGAUGAAGACAGAGCUGAAGAAGAGUUCAGCCAUGACUGAGGAGAAGGAGAAGGAAGUGGUCAACAUCUGGACCCUCGCCCCUAAAGACAGAUGGAAGCUCUACCGGCUGUGGAUCCAGCGCUUCCAGACCGACUUGCGCACGCGGGCCCUGAGGUUCGAGUACGCCUACCAGAACGCGGCGGAGCGUCUGUCGGAGAUCCGGAUGCGCGAGGACCUGUGUGUGCUGAAGGAGGCGCGGGUGAUAGGCAUGACCACCACGGGGGCCGCCAAGUACCGCCAGGCCCUGCAGGAGGUGUCCCCCCGCCUGGUCAUUGUGGAGGAGGCGGCUGAGGUUCUAGAGGCCCACACCAUCACCACACUAAGUAGUGGCUGCAGACACCUAAUACUCAUAGGGGAUCACCAGCAGCUCCGCCCCAGUGCCACAGUGUAUGACCUGGCCAGGAACUUCAACUUGGAGGUCUCCAUGUUUGAGCGUCUAGUGAACAUCGAGUUCCCCUAUGUUCGCCUCAACUAUCAGCACCGGAUGCGGCCCGACAUCGCCCGUCUGCUAACACCCCACAUCUACUCAGAGCUUGAGAAUCACCCAUCUGUGCUGAGUUAUGAGAAUGUCAAGGGGGUGUUGAGCAACCUGUUCUUCGUGGAGCACGAGGCGCCAGAGGAGGAGAUCAAGGACGGCCGGAGCCACCAGAACCGCCACGAGGCGCACUUUGCGGUGGCGCUGUGCCGCUACCUGCUCCACCAGGACUACCAGCCCUCCCAGAUUACCAUCCUCACCACCUACACCGGGCAGCUCCACUGCCUGAAGAAACUCAUGCCCUCCAGCGAGUUCUCGGGCGUCAAGGUUCACGUGGUGGAUAAGUACCAGGGGGAGGAGAAUGAUAUCGUGAUCCUGUCUCUGGUGCGCAGCAACCCGCAGGACCGCGUGGGCUUCUUGUCCAUCGCCAACCGCGUGUGCGUGGCGCUGUCGCGCGCCAAGAAGGGCCUGUACUGUCUGGGCAACAUGGCCAUGCUCAGCCGGCGCGUCAAGCUGUGGAGCGCCAUCCUGCACACCCUGCGCGAACACGGCCAGGCGGGCGCCGCCCUCACCCUGAGCUGCCAGAACCACCCGGAGCGCCGCACGCGCGUGGCGUCGUACGAGGACUUCGCCCACGUGCCCGAGGGCGGCUGCAGCCUGCCGUGCGAGUUCCGGCUGGACUGCGGCCACGUCUGCACGCGCGCCUGCCACCCGUACGACCCCGAGCACAAGGAGUUCCAGUGCGUGAAGGAGUGCCCCCGGGUGCUGUGCGAGCUGGGCCACCGGUGCCGCAAGCGCUGCUACCAGACAUGUGGCGACUGCAUGGUGCCCGUGGAGAAGGUCAUGCCGGUGUGCCAGCACAAGCAGAUGGUGCCGUGUUACCAGGACGCCUUCCGCUUCGUCUGUCAGGAACCCUGCGUCAACAGCCUGACGUGCGGGCACCCUUGUCGAGCCUCAUGUGGGGAGCCGUGCACGCCCCGUUGUGAGGUCCGUGUGCCCAUGCAGCUGAAGUGUGGACACACCCAGCAGGUGCACUGCUUCGUGCUGAGGCAGGAAGAUGAGCCACCCUGCAAGACCAAGUGUGGCGCUACGCUUAAGUGUGGGCACCCGUGCCCGGGCACGUGCCACAGCUGCAAGCGAGGCCGCCUCCACAGCCCGUGCAACAAGAAGUGCAGCCACAUCCUGGUGUGCUCGCACGAGUGCCGCGAGUCCUGCACGCCCGACUGCCCUCCCUGCGACAUGCCCUGCGAGAACCGCUGCCCGCACAGCAAGUGCCAAAAGACCUGCGGCGAACCGUGCGCGCCCUGCGCUGAACCCUGCAACUGGCGCUGCCACCACCAACGCUGCAGCAAGCUGUGCCACGAGCCGUGCGACCGUCCACCCUGCACGCAGCCCUGCCACAAACUCCUGCACUGCGGGCACCAGUGCAUCGGCCUCUGCGGCGACCCCUGCCCUAAAAAGUGCCGCGAGUGCAAUCGCGACGAGGUGACCGAGAUCUUCUUCGGCACAGAGGAUGAGCCCGACGCGCGCUUCGUGCAGCUGGCGGACUGCGGCCACGUGUUCGAGGUCACCUCCAUGGACCAAUUCAUGGCUCAGGAUGAGGGCCAGGAGGCGGGGCUGGACCAGCGGGCUGUGAAGCUGAAAGAGUGCCCCCGGUGCCGCACGGCCAUCCGCAGGAACCUGCGCUACGGCGUCCACAUCAACCGCUGUCUGGCCCACAUCGAGAAGGUGAAGGAGAAGAUCAACGCCAAUCCGGAAGACGUCAAGCGAAAGCACAGUGCUGUGAAACUCCUCCUGAGGAGGCAGAAGAACCUCAAGGACCACCUCCCACAGGAGUAUGGUAGGAUUAAGGACCGGCUGGACAAGUCUAAGUUCAACAUGCGUAAGCUAUGUCACCAGGAGAACCUCAUGAUGUUCCUGGAGCGCCUGGGCGAGUUGCAGAAGACCAUGAUGGAGCGCAUGGACGGCCCGACCAAGCGAUACUUUGACCUAAGGUUGGGAGAGUGCCUCAGCUUCCUGAGCACUCCAGGCCAGCGUUUCUCCGAGCAGCAGGUGUGGGACCUGGGCCGCGAGCUGCAGAGGCUGGCCUACCUGGCGGAGCUCAACACCCGCUGUGCCACGGCUGCCAAGGUGGCGGUGCCACUCUCCGUUGAGGUGAACGCUCAGGUGAGUGCUGUCAGGAAGGUGCUGGAGGACACUUGCCCGUUCUCAGAGGAUGACGAGCAGCAUGUCAAGCAAGCGCUGGCCGACCUGGACGCCAAGCUCCCCCGCACCGGCCUGGGCAUCACCGACCAGGAGAGGGUGAUGAUUGUGCAGGCCAUGGGCUUAGCCAAGGGGCACUGGUACAAGUGUCCCAAUGGCCACGUCUACGCCAUCGGGGACUGUGGGGGUGCCAACCAGAGGGGGCAGUGCCCCGAGUGCGAUGAGUCCAUCGGUGGUGCCAACCACGCCCUCAUCGCUGGCAACGCUGUGGCGUCUGAAAUGGAUGGUGCUCAGCAUGCUGCGUGGUCAGAAGCCGCAAAUUUGGCAAACUUCCAUCUUGGUGACCUGUGAUCAAGCAGAGGGAUUUUCAUUAUCAAAUAUUUCACUAGCCAGGCUGUGCACCCUAGUGACACAAAUAUUGUUUCUGUGAUCUGUAAAAAUCGGGAACUCCUCACACCUUGUCGGGAUGCAAACAACUUGUAGCAAACCAAGGUAGGGGGGUCAACCAUGCUGUUUGGGAAAUGUUAAUUAUGAUCUUGGUAAGUUUCGAAGAGAUUUGAAAGUCGAUGAUCAUCAGGCUACUCUUUAACAACAUCAAGUUGUCAAUAUUCAAAACACACAUAAACCAUCCGAUGAUGUCACACCAACAUCACGCGAGGCCUCAGAUGAACGCAGCAGAAGCAAAGAGAGCCAAAACUUGUCAGGUACCAUUCUUGGCCUUGAAAAAUGAAAUGAUUAUGAACAGGCCUUAUGAACCAUUCUAUGUUAUUUAUGAUUGUGUGUGUUUGAAUAUGGUUUAUGGCAUAUGAGAAUCCUACUGAUUUACUCUCAUCAUCUAUUAUGGUUCUUCAUCUAAGUAUUUUUUAAAACAUAAAAAAUCUUGAUUGUUGCACUGACACCUUGAAGUUUUAUUCGUCCCAAAGAGAAUUUUUUCUUGGACAUACACAUAGCUGCCAUAUUACACCACAACAUGACGCCACACAAAACAAAUAAACAAGCAAACCAAAAAAAGACAAAGUGCUAUCAUAGAGAUGCAUUAAGAGUGUUCUUGAAGUGUAUAACUGGCGCGGCCCCAUACAUUUUAUCCAAAACGACUUAGUUAUUUACAGGGUAUUGGCUACAGCUCCUGGAGCAAUGUGGGGUAAGGUGCCUUGCUCAAGUGCACAUAAGCCGUGGAUGUACUGUACAUGUACUCUAGGUAUAGGUGAAAGAUAAGGGUGGGAUUCGAACCUGCAACCCUCUGAUCUUAACAUUUCAAGACUGGUAGUUUGUUAAGGACAUGACUUCAAUAAUUUCACAGACAUUAGGAUGAAAGAGAACUGCUUGUUCAUAUUCACUGCUUAUUCUUUUCUUUUUUUAAUUAUGGGCAUAUGAAGCAUGAGGGUGCUAUUGAUUUAUUCUCUUUGAUUAUCAUGGUUUUAAAACAUCUCUAAGCUUUGACUAUGAAUUUUGAAUCCGUUUUUAAUGUGCGUACACUCUCUCCAGGGAUUCUUUGUUCAUGAAUGUACUAACACCUCUAUGGUAAAUGCAAAAUGAUCUCACAGGAAGUGUUUUUUCAGUGUACACUGGACCUAAACAUGAUAUGCAAUCAUAGUAAUUGUAUUGUAAAUGAAUUGUCACUGUAUGCACUGUAGUGCUUCCUGCCUACUCUGUAUUCCUUGCUAUCUACACUGUAAUCUCACUGAAAUGGCAUUAUAUAUUUUAUCCAUGUGCUGCACAGUGUGUGACUGGGAAUAAUAAAAAUGGAUUAGCUUUUUAACAGAA